ACGGAGGAGGGGGAAACGCUGAGGCUGCUCACGACAGAAGAAGGAAAAAUAUAUCCUAGACCCUUGCAGCUAGGUGGAACAUCUGAGGUGUAUGAUUGCUGGAAGCUGUGGCUGAGACCUGUAGUAAGAAAAGAAGAAAUGGCAGUCAGAGGACCAUGCUUCUCCAGACAAAGGCAAGUGCUAUUUCUCUUCCUGUUUGUGGGACUGGGUUUGGCAGGAUCUGAGUUUGGACGGUAUUCGGUGACUGAGGAAACAGAAAGGGGAUCAUUUGUGGCGAAUCUAGCAAAGGAUCUGGGGCUAGGGGUGGAAGCGCUGGCUGCAAAGAGAACUAGAGUGAUUUUUGAUGAUCACAAACAGCACUUGUUUCUGGAAGCUCACACUGGAGAUUUGCUCACAAAGGAGAAACUGGACCGGGAGAAGCUAUGUGGCUCCACAGAGCCCUGCGUGCUGCAUUUCCAAAUUUUAAUGGAUAACCCCUUUCAGAUUUACCGGGCUGAGCUGAGAAUUCUGGAUAUAAAUGACCACUCACCCAUAUUCCAGGACAAAAAGAUGAUUUUAAAAAUACUAGAAAACACAGCUGUGGGGACAACAUUUCGAUUAGAAAGAGCACAAGACUCAGAUGGUGGGAGGAAUGGUAUCCAAAACUACACCAUCAGCCCCAACUCUUUCUUUCAUAUUGUCAUUCGUGUCAGCGAUGAAGGGAUGAUAUAUCCAGAGCUUGUGCUAGACAAAGCUCUGGAUUGGGAGGAGCAGCCAGAGUUCAGUUUAACACUCACAGCACUUGAUGGUGGGUCUCCGUCCAGGUCCGGGACAGCCACUAUACAUAUUCUGGUUAUGGAUAUCAAUGAUAAUGCCCCACAGUUUCCCCAAGAACUUUAUGAAACCCAGGCUCCAGAAAACAGCCCAGUAGGCCUUAUUGUCAUUAAAGUAACUGCAGAAGAUGUAGACUCCGGAGUCAAUGCAGAAAUAUCCUAUUCAUUUUUUGAUGCUUCCGAAGAUAUUCGAGCAACCUUUCAAAUCAAUCCUUUCUCUGGGGAAAUCACUCUCAGAGCCUUGCUUGACUAUGAGUUCAUAAAGUCCUAUAAGUUAAAUGUACAGGCUGUUGAUGGUGGGGGCCUUUCGGCAAGAUGUACCGUUCUAGUUCAGGUUAUAGACAUUAAUGACAACCCCCCUGAACUGAUCAUGUCAUCACUUGUCAACGAAGUUGUUGAGAACUCACCUGAAACCGUGCUGGCAGUUUUUAGGAUUAAUGACAGAGACUCUGGAGAGAAUGGGAGAAUGGUUUGCUACAUUCAAGAAAAUCUGCCUUUCCUUCUAAAACCUUCUGUAGACAAUUUUUACAUCCUAAUGACAGAAGGAGCACUGGACAGAGAGAGCAGAGCUGAAUACAACAUUACCAUCACUGUCUCAGACCUGGGCACACCCAGGCUCACAACCCAGCACACCAUAACAGUGCAGGUGUCUGACAUCAACGACAACGCCCCUGCCUUCACCCAAACCUCCUACACCCUGUUCGUCCGCGAGAACAACAGCCCCGCCCUGCACAUAGGCACCAUCAGUGCCACAGACUCAGACUCAGGCUCCAAUGCCCACAUCACCUACUCACUGCUGCCACCCCACGACCACCAGCUGGACCUCGACUCGCUCAUCUCCAUCAACGCUGACAAUGGGCAGCUGUUCGCACUCAGGGCGCUGGACUAUGAGGCCCUGCAGACCUUCGAGUUCCAUGUGGGCGCCACAGACCUAGGCUCACCUGCGCUCAGCAGCCAGGCUCUGGUGCACGUGGUGGUUCUGGACGACAAUGACAAUGCACCCUUCAUGCUCUACCCGAUGCAGAACGCCUCUGCACCCUGCACUGAGCUGCUGCCCAGGGCAGCGGAGCCCGGCUACCUGGUCACCAAGGUGGUGGCUGUGGACAGCGACUCUGGCCAGAAUGCCUGGCUGUCCUUCCAGCUGCUCAAGGCCACGGAGCCCGGGCUGUUCAGCGUGUGGGCGCACAAUGGCGAGGUGCGCACCACCAGGCUGCUGAGCGAGCGCGAUGUGCCCAAGCACCGGCUGGUGCUGCUGGUCAAGGACAAUGGCGACCCUCCGCGCUCUGCCAGUGUCACUCUGCACGUGCUAGUGGUGGAUGGCUUCUCUCAGCCCUACCUGCCUCUGCCUGAAGUGGCGCGCGACCUCACUCAAGGGGAAGAGGAUGUGCUCACGCUGUACUUGGUCAUCGCCUUGGCAUCUGUGUCUUCUCUCUUCCUCUUAUCUGUGCUGCUGUUCGUGGGGGUGAGGCUGUGCAGGAGGGCCAGGGCGGCCUCGCUGGGUGGCUGCUCUGUGACUGAGGGACACUUUCCUGGCCACCUUGUGGACAUCAGCGGAACAGGAACGCUGUCCCAGAGCUACCAAUAUGAGGUGUGUAUGAUGGGAGGUAGUGGGACAAAUGAGUUCAGAUUCUUGAAGCCAGUUCCCCCCAAUUUACAGCCCCAGUUUCCUGGGAAAGAAAGGGAGGAAAGUCCUACUUUGCGCAAUAGUUUGGGGUUAUUUAGUGACUGUAAUUGAUGUUGUAUUUCAUUUUGUGGUUCUUCCACAGUAAUGUGUAUUUCUCCGAAUUUGCAUGAUCUUCAAAUCUAGUGUUUGCAUUUUAUUAUGUCCCUCCCACUUUUCAAUUUAUGCCAGAGCUUGUAAUAAGAUCGUAAUUUAUUCUGCAACCCAUUCUGUCGAUGACCUAACUUGUAAAUAAUUUACCCCGCCCCACUUCCCAUCUGUCUUUUCCAGCUCUUUGACUUGCACUUUUGCUUAUCAUGAAAUAAACAGACCAUUUUAGGAGUAGUUAAAAUUUUCAAGCAUAUAUUUUGUUGACUCUCCUUUUCGAGUUUUUCUUGUGGCUUGUUAUUAUGGGUGCUAUUUUCAAGUAACUUUAGUUUUUAAAGCACCCUAGUUUGUUUCUACUCAUUAUAUUGAUUGCAUUGGAAAAUCUAUACUGUGAUACAACCAUUAGGUCUGCUGAGAAGGAGUCAAUAGUGGGUCUGGGUACAACUCAGUGAUAGAUCCCCAGAUAGAUCAAAACACAUAAUAAAAAAGUAGGGAAAGGUAGUGAUCUUUUUUUUUGUGUGUGACCUUAUUACACUAUGUUAUGUGUCCUGGACGAUGGCUUCAGAGGGACAUGAAUACUGUGGUUACUUAUAAAAUCUUGAAAUAUGAGGCCUUAAUUUUACAAAUGUCUCCCUAACUUCACAAGGACAGAAUGUGCAAUCCAGGUGUAAGAAAGGGCACCUAGACAAUAGUUUGAAUGGGAGAAAGCAAGCCUAUGAGAUAAUAUAUAAUUUUACAUAUGUUCUCCAUGAAAUCAAAGAACAUGCACUGAGUACUAAUUCACAAGUAUAGACAUUUGCUGUGUGUAUUAUGCAACAUUCAGAUCUAAUAGGAAGAUUACAUAGUCUAUUGUAAGCUUGAAAUUUCCUUAUUCUAUGCUUGAAUUUCCUGAUAUGGUCAAAAGCCACUGAGUCUAUCUCAGACUUCACUGAAGAGCAGCAUCCAAAAGUGUGUUGACCACAUUUUUUAGUGUAUGAACAUGUCAUGUUCUAACUUAACAAAAAUAAGUUAAAACCACCACAGAGGGGAGAGUUUCAUCUUGUGUAGAGAAGGACCAGCCUAUAAUGGUUCUUGCCCUUAAUGGUCUGACAAUACUGGGGAAUGUAAUUUUGUGAUAUACGCGUAGUACAUAUGCAAUUACAGGGAAAAGGUGAUGGUCGGGAGAGGACAUUUCCUGUGAAUGUCCUGACAAGUCUAAAGUCUGCAUGUCCAGGAAAAUGAGAGACGAUGAGCAUUGUGGAGAUGUAAAGACGUGACAGCAAGGAUGUGAGGGGAACUAAGCGAGGACGCCCUGUCCCGUGGGCUAGAGUCAGCAUCAAUGCCAGACAGGAUCUUUCAAAGAAACUGAACACUCUGCUAGUUAACUAAUUUUAAUUAGUUACUUAAAAUCCCUCCCAUAUCCAAGACAACCCAGUGUUUAUACUUUUUUGGAACCUACCAUUUCAUUAUCAGUCCUUCAAACUAUGGAAUCUUUUCAUGCAGGGAAAAUGUGCAUAUGGGCUAAUUAAGUUUGGUUUCUUACUUUGGAAAGUAGAAUUUGGAGACAGAAAGUGUUUUGGCAGUUGUCUAAGGUUGGGAAAUGUGUAGGGAUAGAGAGUAGUUGGGUACAAUUUAUGUGGGGAAUAAAUAAGAAAUGAUUUUAAAUUAGAAAUACUGCCGAUAGUUGUACAAUUCUACAACUCUAGGAAUAACCACUGAACUGUAUAUAUAGUUCAAGUGUGUGAGAUACUGUGAUGUCUCUCAACAAUGAUAUUCAAAGCAAUAAAGAACAACUCUAGAAUCCUAUGGUUCCAAGUAAGCUAGGUCUUAUCUAAACCACCCAGGCAGAAGAGCCCAAAGACAGAAAAGCAGACACAACAGAAGGUCCAGGUAAUUGUCUUGUUGCUUCAAGCUUUUCCAGACAUAUGAGCAUCAAGACUUCUCUAUUUUUGAAGGAAUUGUGUGUUUCCUAACUCUAGUGGAGAGCAGCCAAGACUUCACUUGGGGAACUCCUAUGCUCACAUACAAGUAACUAACCAAUCUUCUAAAAUGUGAACUUUUCAGGAGUCAGUCUCUGGGCAAAUUACAACUGGAGAAUAAAAGUUACUAUUACAUUAACCAAGGAUAGUUUCAUUUUCUUUGCAACCAUUCUACUGAAAAUUCUAUUUUAAAGGUUACAAAUAAUGUCUAUAUAUACUAAAUGAUAUUAUAUCGUCAAA